AUGUUUGUUAAUACACUAUCAACAAAUAUACAAUGGAUCAAAACAUUAAAAAAUAUAACAGAAGAUCAUGGUCGAACAGUUCUUUUAGAAUGUGAAGUUAAUUCUUUAUAUCCUGUAUCAUUUAAUUGGUAUAGAUAUAAUAAUCCAAUUGAUAGAAGUAGUUUUAGUAUUGAUCAAAAUUUAUUUCAAUCGAGUAUUCGUUUAAAAAAUUUGAAAGAAUCUCAAACUGGUUUUUAUACAUGUGAAGUAUCAAAUGGUUUUCAAACAUUAAUAUCAACUGGCUUUGUUCGGGUGAAAAAUUCAGAUUUCGAUCCAAUUGAUUUAAAUGAUGAUUUAUUACCAAUAUAUGAAUUUCAACCGGAAAUUAUAACACAUAAUGAUGAAUUAAUAGAUAAGUUAAAAUGUGAACUGUAUAAAGGUAAUAUUUGUCGAUCAAUAAUUGGUUCAAAUUAUAUAGCUCUAACAACAUCAGAUGAAAAAGAAAUUGAACAAAAUUUAAUUAAUAAUAUUCAAUUUCUUUCAAACGAAUGUCGUCAUUUGUUAUUACCUAUGAUUUGUUUCUUUCUAUAUCCUGUUUGUGAUAAAAAUCGAAUAACAAUUCGAUCGAUAUGUCGAAAAUCAUGUUAUCAUUUUCAAAAUAAUAAUUGUAUGAAAGAACUUUUAAGUCAACAACAAAUUUAUUCAAGUUUUCGAGUUUCACAUAAUAUACCAACAUGUGAUAAUUUACCACCAUCAAGUGACGAUGAAUCUUGUGUUAAAGUUGAUCAAUAUCGAAAUGUUUCAACAGUUUCCAGUACUUCUCCAAUUAUCGGAGGUUUAUUAUCAUCAAAUUAUCCUCUAAUAUUUUCCUUAAAAAUGUUCAUAGCUGUUGCUCUAAUUUGUGUACUAAUACUAUUCUGUUAUUGUUGUUAUCGUAAUCAAAAUAAUAAGAGUCAUUUAUCCUCAAGUUCAAUAGCAUUAUCACCAAGAAUAAAAUCUUCUUGUCUUGCAAAUCCAAUUCCACCAUCACCAUGUCAAUCGCCAAUUAUUAUUAAACAAAAUCAUCAUCAUAUUAGAUCAUUAUCAUCAUCACCAACAACAAAUACAAAAUUAACUCAUAUAUACCAUCGUCAAACAUCACUUCAACCAGAAUCUAGUCAUCAACAAAUAUACUUUCCUUCUGGCGUUAAUGCACUAUAUGAAAUCCCAUUUACAAAUGUCCGUUUUUUACAAGAAAUCGGUCAAGGAGAAUUUGGACGAAUAUAUAUCGGUGAAUUGAUUGAUAGUAAAACUAAAUGUGUUAUCAAAACAUUAGAAAAUGAACAUGCAAAACAAGAUUAUUUACGAGAAAUUGAAAUUUUUCAUCAUAUUCAUCAUAUAAAUAUAUCUUGUCUUAUUGGUAUUUGUAUUCCAGCACAAUAUAUAUAUUCAUUAAUGAUUUAUGAAUAUUUAAAUUAUGGAAAUUUACAUGAAUAUUUGAUUUUACAAUGUUCAAAAAAAAUUAAUUUAACCGAUCUUCUUUUUAUAGCAAUACAAAUUGUAUCUGGAAUGAUAUAUUUAUCUGAAAAGAAAUUUCUUCAUAAUGAUUUAUCAACAAAAAAUAUUUUUCUCUGUGAACAUUUAAAUAUUAAAAUAACAAAUAUAGGACGUUAUCAACGAAAAUAUCAUUUAGAUUAUUAUAAUAUAGCAAAUCAUUUAUUACCUGUAAGAUGGAUGUCAAUUGAAUCAUUAUUAUCAGGUAUAUAUUCUGAAAUGUCUGAUGUUUGGUCAUUUGGUGUAUUAUUAUGGGAAAUGUUUUCAUAUGGUACUCAACCAUAUUAUGGAUAUACAAAUCCUGAAGUUAUUGAAAUGAUACGUGAUAGAAUAUUAUUAUCAUGUCCAUUAAAUUGUUCGAAGAAAAUUUAUGCAUUAAUGUGUUCAUGUUGGGAAGAAAUUAGUGAACAACGACCAACAUUUAUUGAACUUAUGCAAAAAUUAAAACAAUUUCAAGAGAAAACAACAUUGUUGUCUGUUGAUGAUAAAUCAAUAUCGUUAAAUCAAUUGGAAGAAUCAUUUAGAGAAAAAUACAGAGCAUCGAUAUUAUCUAUUGAUGAAUGA